UUUCAAGCAUAUUAACGGUUUAGACGGCUGAGAUUAAAAGAAAGACGGGAGGCAACAGCAAAACAAAUUAGCCAUUGAAGAGAGAACCCUUCACUCUUCUUCACUCUUCGCACGCCGCCGCCAGUUUUUCCGUCACUUCGCCACUGAAGAAAACCCUUCACAGAGCUUCUCAGUUUUCAGCCAUGGCGGAGCUAAAGCUCUCAGAGAGUCGGGACCUAACUCGAAUAGAGCGCAUAGGCGCACACUCCCACAUCCGAGGGCUCGGCCUCGACUCUGCCCUAGAAGCCCGUGACGUCUCCGAGGGCAUGGUGGGCCAGACCUCGGCGCGAAAAGCCGCCGGCGUAAUUCUCCAGAUGAUCAAAGAAGGCAAGAUCGCGGGUCGGGCCGUACUGUUGGCCGGUCAACCCGGAACCGGAAAGACCGCCAUCGCCAUGGGCAUGGCCAAGUCGCUCGGCCUCGAAACCCCCUUCGCUAUGUUAGCCGGAAGCGAGCUCUUCUCUCUCGAGAUGUCCAAGACCGAAGCCCUAAUGCAAGCUUUUAGGAAAGCCAUUGGGGUUAGAAUUAAGGAAGAGACUGAGGUCAUCGAAGGUGAGGUUGUGGAGGUUCAGAUUGACCGGCCUGCGGUGGCUGGAGCGGCUUCGAAGACCGGGAAGUUGACUUUGAAGACAACGGAGAUGGAGACGGUGUAUGACUUGGGGGCCAAAAUGAUUGAGGCUUUGGGGAAGGAGAAGGUGCAGAGUGGGGAUGUGAUUGCUAUUGAUAAAGCUUCUGGGAAGAUUACAAAGCUUGGUAGGUCGUUUUCGAGGUCGAGGGACUAUGACGCCAUGGGACCGCACAUCAAGUUCAUGCAGUGCCCUGAUGGAGAGUUGCAGAAGCGCAAGGAGGUGGUGCAUUGUGUCACCCUUCAUGAGAUUGAUGUCAUCAACAGCAGAACACAGGGAUUUCUGGCUCUAUUUACUGGUGAUACUGGUGAAAUCCGUUCAGAAGUGAGAGAACAGAUUGACACAAAGGUGGCAGAGUGGAGGGAGGAAGGGAAGGCAGAGAUUGUGCCAGGUGUCCUCUUUAUUGAUGAGGUGCAUAUGCUUGACAUUGAGUGCUUUUCAUUUUUGAAUCGUGCUUUGGAGAAUGAGAUGGCUCCAAUAUUAGUUGUUGCUACCAACAGAGGGAUCACUACCAUCAGAGGCACAAACUAUAAAUCCCCCCAUGGGAUUCCUAUUGACCUCCUUGAUCGCCUGCUUAUCAUUACCACCCAGCCUUACACAGAGGAUGAAAUUCGUAAGAUUCUGGACAUCAGAUGCCAAGAAGAAGAAGUUGAGAUGUCUGAAGAGGCAAAGCAUUUGUUGACCAAGAUUGGUGUUGAUGCAUCCUUGAGAUAUGCUAUCCAUCUCAUAACAGCUUCUGCCUUGGCAUGCCAAAAGCGGAAGGGAAAUAUUGUGGAGAUGGAGGAUAUUAACCGAGUUUACCAUCUGUUUUUGGACGUAAAGAGAUCAACACAGUACUUAAUGGAGUAUCAGAGUCAGUAUAUGUUCAGUGAGGAAGGUGAUGAAGAUGAUACCAAUGCCAUGCAAUCUUGAGAGAUUCCUUGCGACUAGGAAAGACUUUGUGUUUAUUUCUGUAUCUUGGUUUAUUGGUUUUAGGCAGCACUGGACUUUUUUCAUGGGAAAACGGCAUUACUGCUCGUGUAUGUUUUGACCCUGUUUAGAGUUUUGGGAUUUUAUGGUAGUUUUGUGGUUUUUCCAUUUGAAGCAUGAAUCUGUAAUAUUUAUCCACAUACAACAAUGUAGCAGGAAUAGUCUCAUGACUUUGAUAUCUAAUCUACUUUAAUCUAGGGUUUCCGCCUA